UAUUUAUACGUUCUUCCGCGCUAUUUAUUUAUAUGUGGGGUAUGUUCUGUCUGUUGUUUUUCUGAGCGUUUUCUUCAGGUUUCUUGCCGAAUGGGAAAAUUAUUAGUAAAGUGUUGCCGCCUUCAUUCAAAGAUCACAGCAAGACUUGCCUUAAGGAAUUGUUUCAUGUGAGCCUUUUGAAUUUUGCUUUGGAGUGGAAAACUAUUCGAAGAGGUGAGCGGGAGGUUGAUAUUUUCCUGUUAAGACCAAGGAAAACAUUUGUCAUCUUAAAAGCUUCAAAUGGAAGAGACUAGUAGUACAGACAUGAUCUUGUUUAGUUUCCUUCAGCUUGGGGAGACCCAAGAUGAACAUUUCAACAGGGAGCUACACCUUUUGGGCAAGGAACUGAAAACCAGAGGACCCAUGUCAACAGUUUUUUUCAAUCAAUAUAUUUAUCAUUAUGAAGAUGAACUUCAGACUGAUGGCCAUUUUUGCAGCAAUUUUAGAAAUUAUUUGGGAGAUAUUGCUCCAGAAUUGAGAGCAAAUGCUGUAAAUGAAGAAGCACUACGGGAGGUUGCAAGACACUUGGCUGAUAUUGCAGAUCAUUUAGAUCAGCGUAUGAUAGCAGAAGCUGCUCAAAAUUUGUCUCAGCAUAUGCAAAGUGUAAAUUUACGACAGGACUGGGUAGGCCUCCUUACAACUGAGAUUCAGAAUUUCAUGAGGCAUGGCAUCCCUGGGCUACAGUAUGGUAAUGAAGAGAGAGUAGUGGUAGCCUUAACAAUGGCUCUGGUGAAAAGAAUUGGCUUACAGUUUCCAACCUUGCUGCGAAGUUUUUUCAACACGGCUGUGCAAUACAUCAAUGAAAAUAUCCAGACACAAAUUAACCAAACCUAACGGGCUUACCUUGCCAACUGAUGUGCCAUUUCUUGGUCUCUUUCCUGCUUUGAACCUGACGCUUUCUAAUGUACCUCUGCCAGAAUUACUCAAGUUAGCAACUGACCAAAAAUGGACGAAGCAUUAACGCGUUCUUGUUUCUUCCCUUCCUUGUAUUCUUAGUGUUUACCAAAAAAACGGAUCAAGUUUGACAUUCCAUAAAACUGAAUACCUAUAUGUUACUUUCAUGGAGCUUAACGAUACAUAAUGUGUAUAUACUGUUUUUUUUUUUUUUAAAUAACUAAAGAUCACAUCACAUUCUGCAGUAUUUUUGCUAUAUUGGAUCUGACCACUGAGACGUCACAACCCUGCCACCAUAUCUGAAUCAGUGGGGAGAUUUUGCAGAUGGAGGACCACAAUGCUGUUUUCUCCAGUGAAGCAGAUCACAUGGCUCCAGGUGUGGUGGUGUUUUUUCCCCAAAGCAUGUUAAAGGGGGCAUAUUCAGACCGCUUCAGCUAUUCAAACUUGUCAGAUACUUGUGUUAUUACUCACACCAUGGAUAAGAAGGCACACUUUCUCAGGUCCCAUUUUACUAGACUUGCAUGUGGUUGGGAUGCUGGAGAUGCCAGGAGAGACACACAUCCAGUGACAACCUGAACCUAAGACCCCAGAGCCAUGAGUUCCACUGUGCUUUAACAAAGUGUCCCCAACUGUAUUUACUGCCGUCCCACUGCUGCCGAGUGAGCCCUUUACUUAUUGGACACAUGUUACUCUGAACUGCAGAAACAGUUGGGCAAAGCUCGAAUGAAGCCAAAGUGCCACUUACUUUUGAUCUUCAAAUAAUCAUUUUCUGUUUUGUUAUGUAAAAGUUUAUUUCCUAUUAAAAUGCAUCUGCAUUUAUUAAAAUCUGAGGAAAGAAGCUCCGCGCCUGCGCUGGCUGGUAAUUUGGCUGUGCCAGGAGGCCUUUUAGGUGUGUAAACAGCAAGUUCAGUAGUUAACAUCUUCAGUUCCAUUCGCUCUAAAGUGGGUUUAAAACUUUGUACAUUUUCAUAAUGUCCUUUUCUUAUUUUACACGUAAAAAUCCACAAUGUUUGAUAGUAUUUUUAAUGAAUAUAUAUAUAUAUAUAUAUAUAUAUAUAUAU